AUGAGCGGGGGGUCCUUGUCCUCCAUCUCUUCGUCUCCUUCACACAGUGACAUAUCCCUUGACGAAGAAGAGGUCGAUUCUGCGGCUUUAAUCGUCAACAAUGAUUAUAAUACACUUGUUGUGGAAAACAAUCUGUAUCUGAGUAGGUUGAUUAUACAUAGCGGCACUUGUCCUCAGUUAGACGACAUUUGCAGAAUAUUUGGCAGUGCAAUAGGGAAAUCGCGGUCUAACUACUACGGAUUAUUGGAAAUUGCCUGCAAAGGCAUUGACAAAAUAUCUCCAACAAGCAAUGCAGCCGUUGGUGUUCUGCUAAAGGGCAUUUGUCAACACAAUCCCAAUUCUCAUCGAUUAGAAACCAUAUUAUCAAUUCGUCUAAUAGUUAAGGCACUAAAAUUGCUACUUCUUUCUCCCCAGUUAUUGGAGCCUGAGAUUACCACGAUAAGGGGUGGAGUUAAUUGGCUUAUUUGGUCCACUCAGCACCCACAGAGUGAAGUAAAAUGCCAAUCAAUAAUGGCUUUGCAUGAUUUUAUAGAAACAUGUAAAGAGAAAUCCAUCUUUGCUGAAUUAAUACAAAAUAUAUUUUCAUCUGGGUUGAUUAAGAGGGUAUAUCCCGUGAAGGAGGUUGUAAAUUGUUCACAGUUGAGCGUUUGGAAACAUUUGUGCAAUAUUCGUGCCAUUCCCGGCUGGAUUUACCCUUUGAUCGAUGAGGCAGAUGUUAGUGUUCGAAGUGCUAUAUUUAAAUUGCUGUCACUUGUAAUGGGGUUUUUGAAUGAUAAUGACCGUAGAAUUGCUAUAGAUGCUGCGAUUGAUUGCUUUCACGAAGAUCCUGGAUCUUCGCAUAUUAACGAAAUACUUUCUACCAGUACACUGGGCGAUGGCAUCAUUAAGAGGAUGAUUAAGGGUAAAAGCGGAAGCAUUGAUAAUUCACGCUUCUACCAGCAAAACAAUGCAAUAAUCAAGUUGUUAGAUACUGCUGAUAUCAGCACAAGAUCCAGGCAGCUGUUAUCUGAACUGCUCAGAGAUUCCAUAACCGGAGUUGGUGACUACCUACUGUACAAACACUAUUUAACCGAUCCAUCUAAUCAGAGUAGCUGUGUAAUUGUAAACACCAGUGAGAUUCAUCACAUACCCCUUUACUCACACUCAAAAGAUAUUCUCAAUUUGCAAGAUUACAUUCAACUGCUAAACACUGCCUACCCACAAAGAUUAGAGGCUACAAAGAUUAGUGAUGUUUCACAUUUGAACUACUUUCACCGCGCUGGAGUAGAAUUUGGAUAUAGUGCAAAUCAAUCAAUGGACGCCAAAAUACUCACUAGGUACAAUACUUUAUUGGAUUUGGAAGAGAUACUCGAUCCUUCAUUUAUAACCGACACCAACUUUGUCGAUGAUAAAUUGGCAACCGAUGAUAAGCAGUGCCAUUUGUUAAAAAUUGAGCUUAGAGGCGCAAAGGCCGAACAACAGAAAAUCAUGAUUGGCAAAUGUGAAAUUAUGGCUUUGCCAGGCGACAUAGAAGCAGCAAAGCGCAUGAAUUGUUAUUACAAGUAUGUGAUAAGUAAUAAGACUGCACCAAGAGAAUACGUUCUUAGUACCAAUCAUCAUUAUCCUGCUUGGCAACUGAUUGAAUUUAACCAGUUGUUAGGUUUCGAGGCUCUGGUAACUGCAACUAUUGAUUCAAUGUCAAAUUUGUCAAGGCAAAUAAUAUUGCUGGUAAAGUACCCGUCAAUACAUCGCACAAAUCAAAAUAAUUCACAUGAAAAAUCGCAAAGAUUGAUUGACAAAUUCAUACCAUCUUCCGUGGAUCAAUCAAAAAUCACUUGUAAAAUCAAGUUAGGCUAUCCUGUUCCCACUGCCACACCAAUUCCAGUAACAUUAUCAUUAAGAUAUAUAGCUGGUGGCAAAUCGACUAAGGGCCCGAGUAGAAGGAUAUGGAUUCACCCAAAGGUGUCUGCAUGA